ACCAGCCAUCGCCGCCAUCAUCACAUAUGCCGGGCGCAUGCAAAUGCAUAAGCAGCCCUACCUCUCCCACACCAACGACUCCUCGGCAUCUUCCGCACCAUCCACCAAACACUACACCUACCCCGGCAUAGGAAAGCACUUCAUCCUCCCCGCCCACGCCUCCUACGACGGCGCAGCCGCAACGCUCGCGCACACGCGCUCGCUCGCGUUCCUGAAGCCCCUUGUCGGCGGCCCGUGGUUCGACCUCGAAGCCAUAUGGGAAGAGCACACGCGGUACGAGUUCGGCGAGCGGGCGGUCGCGAAGACAAUGUCGACGAUGGUCGCCGAGCCGUAUGUCAACGACAUCCCGAAUCUGACGGGCGGGAUUGGCCGUGACGCCUUGACGGCGUUUUAUGCCCGCCAUUUCAUUCAUGUCAAUCCGAAGGAUAUGGGUCUGAGGCUUGUGAGCCGCACUUUGGGCAUUGAUAGGCUGAUUGAUGAGUUUGUGUGUGAGGGGAUGCAUGAUCGCGUUAUUGACUGGCUCCUCCCCGGCGUCCCGCCCACGAACCGCAAAUUCGAGGUCCCGUUCACAGGCAUCAUCAGCAUCCGCGGCGACCGCCUCUUCCACGAGCACAUUGCAUGGGACCAGGCGACGCUGCUGCGGCAGCUGGGGCUGCUGCCUGAGUACCUCCCCUUCCCCUACCCCCUCCCCGGCCACGACCCCCCACCCCCGGGCAAGCGCCUCGAGUACCGCGUCCCCGCUGUCGGCGUAGCUACGGCACGCAAGCUGGAGAGCGAGACCGCGGUGCCGUCGAAUGAGUUGUUGGAGGUGGGGGCGGAGGGGCUUGCUGUUCGCGAGGUGGAUGAUGCGUAGGUGUUGGGAGAUGGGGAAGUAGGGGAAGUGAGGUAAUUAGGGGGAAAGAAGUACGGGAGGGUUGUUGGGGUUGUUGGGAUGGUUGCGUGUGUAGGUAGGGCUGUUGCUGUAAAGGUGAAAAAGAUCUAUAUAAAAAUGAACGGGAGCGCGAGAGCUUUGGCGGGGGUGUGUUGGGUGCUAUGUACGGCAGUGUCGGUGUGUGAUAUAGGCUUAAUUAGAACCUUCUCUGUGAAGUAGGCAGCGACUACUAGAAGCGGACUUAGCGAGAUCAAGCCUGCCUAUUAAAUUACCUGGGAUUUUCUAAAAGUAAAUGAAAUUUAAACAUGUUCUGGGG